AUGCCACUCACCCGUCCUGAAACGCUUCAAGCGCUGCACUUCAUCGGCGUAGAGCUUCCCGCAACGACGAGGAUCCCAGAUGUCGGCCUCAACAGGCGCCUCCGCGACGCGCUCAACGCUGCCCAAGACAAAGACACACUGCCCGCCACCCUCGACAUCAACGCCCUCAAGAAAUGGGCUCCUCCCUCUUCCGCACGCCAGUCGGCGCCGUCCACCCCGCGUGCGGCUGCUCGCCGCGGAGAGGGCGAGCCUCCUCAGGGGCCGCUGCUGGACGCUUUCAGCAGAGGCAACGCCGGGGAAGCCUUUCAGAACAUGAGUGGGUCCAAUGGCCCCGAUCUCUACACCGACGUCUUUGCGGACCUGCGCCAGACGACCAUGGCUCUCGCGAACAUCAUCGACGCCGGAAGGUCGACCGCUCACGUCGGGAGCAGCGCGGAGGACUGCGGGGUCAACGUCCGGAUCGUCUCCGUCGUGGAGGUCAACGAACACACCCCCGCCAUCGUCGUGCUCUACCGCGACUUCACGAUCGCGACCGCGGCCGAAGGCCUCGCCUGGGUCCAAGAGCACUUCCGCGGCCCGGCGCCGUUGACAAAGGUCCACGCGACGCCGCUCGAGAUCAAGCUCUUCCUCAAGCUGCUCGACACCAACGCGGCGCUGCUGCCCGAGGGCCACGACGUCGCGAAGCUCCGCGGGCCCCACGAGGACGCGUACAGGCUCUCCGUCGUCCUCCCCGUCGCGCCCCUCGACUUCACCGCCGUCGCGAAGCUCAACUACAACCCCGGGUGCCACGUCUGCGGCAAGCGCGAUUCCAAGUACUGCCCCUGUCGCUGUCUGCGGUACUGCGGCCGAGAGUGCCAGACGGCGGAUCGGGCCGCGCACAAGCAGACCUGCAAGUCGCUCGACAAGGGCGUGUGGAAGGCCGUCAAAGUGCGCGCGUGCCCGCCCGGGAACGAGCACAUGCGCGCGUUCGCGCUCAACCGGUACGACCGGCUCGACCCCGCCGCCCAGAGGCGCAUCCUGGCCGAGGUCGAGAGCGGGCCGAGGGCCGGCGACGCGCCGCCGCCGCCGAGCCUGUACGGCGACGCGGGGUUCAUCGCCAAGCUCCAGGUCGCCCUCGGGCCCGCGCCGACGGAGAUCAUGGUGUACGACAAGAGGCGGUCGAUGCAGGUGUACGUCGUCGCGGAGGACGACGCGGAGCUCUUCGGGCUGUUGGUGGACGAGAUGAAGAAGCCCGGGAGUGGCUACGGCGGCGUGAAGAUGUAUCGCUGGGCGCGGCGGACGGGCGACUGGGAGCUCGAGAUCUGCAUUGAUCGACAGCCGAUUGGACAAGUCAUGUGGUAG